CUGGUGCAAGUGAGGCGAACUGUCAAAUGCAUUCCCCCCGCCGUCGGUCGGCGGGCUAUAAGUAGGCGGCGAUGCACCGCGGCAGACCACAGCACGAGACACACACCCAACCCAACAGAAGCGAGCAGAGCUCACUCGUCGGCUGCUGGUUGCGAUGGCCGGCUGCGGAGGGAAGAACGGCGCCGGUAGCCUGUACGCCGCGCUCGGCGUCUCCAGCGACUGCUCCGACGCCGAGCUGCGCAGCGCCUACCGGAAGCUCGCCAUGAAAUGGCACCCGGACAAGUGCGCCGCCGCGGGUAGCUCCGGCUCCGGGGCCGUGGAGGCCGCCAAGGCCAGGUUCCAGAAGAUCCAGGGAGCCUACGCAGUUCUCUCGGACCCCAACAAGCGGAUCCUCUACGACGUCGGAGCCUACGACAGCGACGGCGACGAUGACGGUGCAGGAGACAUACUGGGAGACAUUUUGGAGGCGAUGAACAAGACCCCACACGAGAAGGGCGAGGGCGAGAGCUUGGAGGAUCUGCAGAUGCAGUUCGAGGAGCUUUUCCUCAGACCCGACGCCUACGCGCGGGGAUCGUCGUCGUCGUCGUCUUCCUUCCGCUCCGGGGUAGAUGACGCUGGCAAAUCGUCCAAGAUAAGGGGUGCAAGAAAGUAGAAAGAGGCCGCCAAGGUCGUGCGUGCGUCCUACCUGGAGAAGAUAAAAGAGAGUCCAAGAUAAAAUGAAGACGCCGCUAAUUCAUCCGUCGGAGUUUCAGAACGUGUGCCUACACUCUAGCAUGUACACGACCGGUGCCACGAGCCCAGAUAUUAUUAUUACUAGGUAAAGUUGCCGAGACCUAGAAGGCUACAACUGUUUCGGUAAGCCAUGACGUGCAAUAUUCCACGGGAAAACCUAAAAAACGAAGCUGUCCACAAGCUCGACAAGCAGCCACUCAAAGUUGAAUGACUGGCUAGCAUAGCCUAGUCACUAAAAAUUAAGCGUCAUCCACUUCCACCCAUGCAACUUCCCAUGCUUCGAUUUGUACUUCGCCUCUGAUGAAUAAAAUCGUGUGAUCUCUGCAAAAUAAAAAGCUGCAACUCACAUUGAACUGCUCA